AUGAGUAAAUCCGAAUCUCCAUUAGAAAUAGAUCCUCUCCUAGAGGGUCCAUCCAGGUCAAGACCAAUGUUAAUAAGCCCAUCAACCGACUUAGAAACAUCAGUUGAGGCAGUGUAUGAAGCUUUAAUCGACGACGAUAUUGAUAAUAACAACCAUGAUCAUGACGAAGAAUUGAAUGAAGAUGUACUUUGGUUGCGAGAACAAAGAGAUAAAAACAAAACGUUACAUUGGCUUAGGAGACCAAGUGUUUUAAUGAUCGCUUCUAUAAUCUUUUUGUUGGCUUUUGGUUCUUUUAGUGGUGAAUCUACUAGACAGAUUAUUACCUUGAAAUUGGCAUGUAAUUAUCUAGGCAAAGAUAGUUGUAAUCGAGAAGCCGCACAAGUAUUAAUGUCGAAUUUACAAUUAGGAUAUUCCAUUUCGAUUUCGAUGAUUACAUUAGUUGCCCUGGGGAAAGUUGGUCCCUUGUCUGAUCUAUAUGGGAGAAAAGUGUUUAUCGUGAUAAUUGUGGUAUUUUUCUUUAUUGGGAGAGCUGCUAAAUUUGCACUCAUGUAUAAUUAUGAUUCAUUGAAGUUUGUUCCAAUGAUUCUUACUGAAAUUAUUACAAAUUUUGGAGGCGGAACUAUUUGCAUAUUGGCUUUAGCUAAUUGUUACAUAUCCGAUGUGACUGAACCACAUGAACGUAUAUAUUCAUUAGGUAUAAGUAUGGCAUCGGUGUUCUUGGGUGUAAGUAUUGGUCCAUUAGUUGGGAACCUUAUAGUAUCAUUGAAUUCAAGUGCAGCACCUAAAGAUAUUCAAAUGGCGGUUGAUAUUCCUCGGUCAGAUUUUGCUCCACUCAAGUUUGAAUUGUUUAUUUUUACAAUCGUAGUAUUUUUAACUGUGUUUGUAUUACCAGAAUCUAGGUCAGAAAAAGCUAGAAAGAAAUCAAGAUCAAUGUCGGUUUCACUGAGUACUGAACUAAAUCUCCAACAGGAAUUGGAACAACCAAAUUGGUUCAUCAAGUUCACUCGAAUGAUUAACUUUUUGAAACCUUUAAAAUUAUUAACUUUACCAUCGGAAAUAGUACUUCCUCAAAACAAGCAUCGUAUCAACAAAGAUAGGACAGCACUUAUCAUAUUAGUACUCAUUGAUUGUAUGUUAGCUUCCCUUGCUAUGUCAUUUGGUGAGAUUGGUAUUCUUUAUGGGAUGUAUAACUUCAAUUGGAACCAGCAGGAUAUUGGUCAUUUCUUAGCAAUUGGAUGUGCCAGUCGGGCUACCGUAUUAAUUGUAUUGUCACCUAUCAUAAACCACAAGAUUUUCCAAAAAGGAUUCGGAUUCAAAGUGUUUAAGAAACAAUUUGAUAUGAUUGAUUUCUCAAUGAUAUUGACCGGAUUGGUAUUUGAAAGUACCGGGUUUAUAGGGUACUCAAUGUCUAAAAGCAGUGUACAUUUCUUUGUAUUCUGUGUGGUUUGUGGGUUCGGAACAUUGAUUAGUCCAGCUAUUAAUUCAUCAAUUGUGAAGUUUUAUCCAGAAUCAAAAACUGGGGAAUUGUUUGGUGCAUUGGCAUUGAUAAAGAAUCUUUUCGGUUUGGUUAUGCCAGUGCUCUUUUUGACUAUGUAUAAGUAUAGUUUGUCUAGAUGGCACAGGGCCAACCUUGUUUUUAUAAUUGCUGGAGGGUUAAUGAUGUUAUGUGGAUUUGCUUUGCUUAUUGCGAAGAGAAUCAUGAACCUUGAUAGAAAAUCACUCCCCACUGUUUUGAAAAGAAGUAACUCAGAAUCAUCUAUGGUGUCAGGAUUAUCAUCAGAGGAAGAUGCAAUUAGCCUCGCCAAUCAGAAUGAAGAAUUGUUCUCAUCCAAGAAUCCAAUCUCGGAGUUACAUAGAAAGAGCAGCUUUGUAUAUAAAGAAAGGGCUGGGCCCAUUAUAAGUAAUUAA